UUUCUUCCUAUUAACUGCGCGCUUCAAAGAUCGAGUUUUUGGGGAUUUUUUUUUUUGGGUUCAUCGGCUCCCAAAAGAAAAAAAGAGCUACUAAUUUCUUUGAAGAAAAAUGGGGGGUGGAGACAAUCAUGAUGACGCUAGGGACAGGGGAUUUUUCUCUAACUUGGCCCAUGGAAUGGGUGGUAGUGGUUACCCACCGGGACAAUAUGGUGGGUAUCCCCCACCACCCGGGGCCUAUCCACCGCAAGGAUAUCCUCCUGCUCCGGGGGCUUAUCCUCCUUCGCAUGGGUAUGCACCAUCAGGCUAUCCACCGUCAGGAUACCCACCUUCAGGUUAUCCACAAGCUGGUGGAUACCCACCUUCAGGAUACCCGCCAGCUGGUUAUCAACCAUCUGGUUACCCAUCAGCUCCAUCACACCAUGGGCAUGGAUCCAGCAGCAUGGGAGGUAUGGCGCCCUUGCUAGCUGGGGGUGCUGCUGCUGCAGCUGCUGCUUAUGGGGCCCACCAUCUCUCUCACGGGCACCACGGGCACCCCGGGCAUGGAUAUGGCCACCAUGGGUAUGGAUUUGGGCACCAUGGUAAGUUUAAGCAUCACCACGGAAAAUUUAAGCAUGGAAAAUUUGGAAAGCAUGGGAUGUUUGGUAAGCACAGGUUUGGAGGAAAGCACAGGUUUGGUGGCAAGUUCAGGAAGUGGAAGUGAAACUAGAAAAAGUUUGAUGGGUGGCUUGGUAAUGCUGAUUAAAUUCUUUUGGCCCUCUAGUAUAUGGGCAGCCUUAUUGUUGGUAAUGGUCAUAGAUUUGUGACCUCAUAAUGGUCUGUGGAUUCUGGUUUCCUUGUGCAGUUGCGAUUUUUAUUUUGAGCUUUGGCAAGAUUUGCACUGCUGAUUAUGGUAAUCUUUGAGUUUGCUAGUCAUAUGAUGCGUUAUGUAAAUUGAUAUUUGAGAUCAUAUUAUUGUCUGUGGAUUCUAGUAAUUUGAUGUUUCCCUGCACUGUUGAAUUUUCUGGUGAUAUUAUGUAUUCUGUAAUGUUGAUGUAUAAUGUUUCUGUGGCA